GAGGGGAGGCAGGAGCAGCCACAAGUGACCGAGAGCGACUCUGUGCGACUGUGAGUUAGGGAUCAGCGGAACAUGCGCUGCCAGAAACCUCCCCCGCGCUGGGAAUCCCCAAAGCACAAAUGUCGGGGAGCAGAGCCGGUGUAGGAUGUGGUCUGUGAUGCUGCUGCUCCUGGAUGUAAAUCGGCCGAUCCCUGUGCGGAGUCAUUACCCGUGAUACAGCCUGGCAUUGCCUUCCCAUCUCAUCUCCCUACUCGGUGGCACCGAUGGCCCCAGGAUGAUCCGACUCCUUCUGCUGCUGCUGCUUCUUCCUGGGGCCGAGCCUAUAGCCAAUAAGGCAGAUGACCUGGAAUCUUCAAAAGAGUGUUCUCCAAUGGCCGAGGACAGUGUCCCUGUGACUACCCAGUCCAUGAUCCAGAGUCCUCCUCCAACAUUCCUUCAACUUAGAAACAAAGAGCCUGUACCACAAACCCUACCUUCCAUGGGUGCUGAAUUGUCCCAUCUCCUAGAAAAGUCCCCUUUUACAGCUCCUGCCAAAGUACAUUCCAUCCAUGGAGAAAGGAGGGUUGUCUCCACCAGCAAGCAGAAUAGGAGUGCAUUGCACCCAACCUCCAUGCCUCACACAGGACAUACACACUCAUCAAAGAGGCCUGCCAUGUUUAGAAAUGGAAAUGCAAGAGAAUUAGCUCUAAAGAAGUUGAAAAGCAAAAAAGCACCUAUCCCUCAGGCCAGGGAUCUAAAGAUGACUACAGAGAAAUUUCUGGCUGUGACAGAGGGUCUUGGUCGGGUAUUGUUACAUGAAAUGAAUGUGACAAUGCAAGGUAUGGGCUUAACAUACUCAGCAGUUACCACCAGUUCUCCAGAGCUGUCCACCACAGCCAAGCACCAGCAGGUCACUCAUGGAAGGACAUUUAUGAAGAGACCAUUAAAACAUGGAUUUAGUGAGUCUCCAACUGAGAACAGAAAGAAUAUAUCUGUGGGUUCUCUGAAACCUCAGCACAGUAGGCUACCAAAAAAUAAAUCUAUCAUUCAGCUUCCUUCUGAUUUGUCUGAUUUUGAACUCCCUAAUAUCGCCCAUGUCUCUUCGAAUAUCACCUUUCCAGCUAUAUUAUUGGAAAAAGAAACAGGGCUGAAUUCUCAUAUUGCCUCGGAACAUCUUAAAAUUUCUACAACAGAUGCUGCAGAGGCUACGAAAACUAUCUUAGGGGAACAAGUGGUUAUAAAUAGCACAGAGAAAAUGACUUUGACCUCUCAAGGGCACAGAUACAAUGAUAUUUCAAGGCCUCUACUUUUCAAAGAGCCAGAUGCCUGUGCGACAGGUGAAACUAGACCAGCUCAUGCAGAGGGUGAUUCCAAAGUUAUUUUAAAGAGGCAUGACAUUGAUUUGAACCAAAGCAGGAGAAGCAAUUUCAGUUCAACAGCAAUACCAAUCCAGCCUGACUCUAUUACAAAAAAUCUGCCUGUUAAAUUGACUUCAGCCAGGCCGGAGAUAGAUAUUGAGACUUUAACACAAGUCCUUCAGCUAGAAAAAGGCUCAAGUAAUCAAGCACUUGAGGAGGUCCAGUCCAAUACUCAACCUGGUCUUGGAUCUACGAAGUUGAGGAGACCAGGAAACACAUCAGUCCAAACAGAAACACAAACCAAAGCAGAGUCCGGAUCGACAACAGUAAACCCUAGAAAAAUACAUAUUCACAGCCAAGCUCAUCGAUCUGUCACCAACCACAGGAAGCCCAAACAAAGGCCACAACAAGAAUCAGAGAUUUACAAUUUGACACAGCCCAUAAUAACAUCCAUCCAACCAGCAACACAUCAACAUGACACAAACAAACAAUUGCACUUAGGUCAGGGUUCAAAGGCCCAAACAGACCCUAAUAUCAAGACAGACACACAAGGCCAAUCAGUCACAUCCAAAGGAGCACGCCAGUAUAGCCCAACCACAAAAACUGAUAUAAUGUUAAGCUCUAUGCUUCCACCAGCGUUGCAUGAUAUAACCACAAAAACUUCACCAGUGUUAACUACUGCAGCUUUAUUAGGUACACAUUGGUUUGGCACACUGAUCCAAACAGAACCAGGGAAAGUAAACACGACACAGUCAGGAAUUGGGCGUAUAGACUCCAAUACAACAGCACAUACACAGGGCACCUCUUCUAUACAGGAACACUUGACACCAAUCGAUUUGGAUGCUAAUAUCAUAGGGAGCCAUUCUGUAAUCACAGAGACACUUCCACUGUAUAGCAUUGCAGGUCAAGCAACUGAUAGGCUUCCUGAGCUAGUUUCACACACCAAGCCAGUGGGGUCGGACUGGUUUACACCUACCUUAUCUGCCAAUAGUGAGCCAGAGCUCUCCACAAUUAGACAAACCACAAAAAGUCAUCUUGAGCCAUCCUCAAAUAGGCAGCCUGAGCUAUCCACCAAUAGGCAGCCUGAGCUAUCCUCAUAUAGCCCACCUGAACCCACCACAAAAGGGCAGCCUGAGCUAUCCAAAUGGAGCAAACAAGAGCUAUCAACUAACAGACAGCCAAGACUAUCCAAUAAGAGCCGACCAGAGCUAUCCACAGCGAGUGGGUUGGAGAUAACCACACAGAACCAGCAAGAACUUUCCACACACAAUCACUUUAUGUCAUCCACAGAGACCCAGUCUGAGUUAUCUACAUUGACUCAGACAGAAGUGUCCACCAACAACAAAACAGCAUUAUCCACACAAAAGGAGCUUGAAACAUCUACAAAGAGCAAUACAUAUAUAACUGCAAGCCAAUCAGUGGGACCUGAAAUCAGCCGCACAAAAUUCUCAACUAACAGCCAAACAACCCUUUCCUCAAACAGCCAUCCUUUAGUGUACACUGUAGAGCUAUCUAGGAGAAGCCAGCUAGAACUGACCACAAAGACACAAUCAGAGUUGCCCAAAAUUAGCCAGACAGAGAGAACAACAACGAUUCAGCCUAAACAUUCCAAGGACAACAUUCCAGAGCUGUUCACAGAAAACCAGCCAGGAGUAUCCUCACCAUGGCAUUGGGAUCCGUCUACGAAGAGUCAGAUAGCCACAGAUAGAUCCACACAAAGUCAUCAAGACUUGACAAUCAUUCAUGAUCGACCUGAGCUCUCAACACAAAGUCUGCCAAAAUUAUACACAUAUAACCAGACUAAAUCAUCCACGAAGAAUAAUCUAUUAACAACUAUUGCUCUACAAACACCCCCAGAAGAAGACCUAUCUACAGAAAUUGGACCAAGAUUGUCAUCCGGGAGGACAGAACCAAAUAUAGAGACUACGUCAAGCCAUGGCACAGAGCCAUAUUCAUUCACAGAGAAUUACUCUCAGUUAUCUACACUUAAAAACCCAGGCAGCCAACCAGAAUUAGCCACGCAAACUGCAUCAUUGGGCCAAACCCACAAAACAACAAAAAGUAAGACACAACUAUUUACAGAAACACAACCAGGACUAACUACCCAAACCCAAGGAGAAUCCUCCGUUUCAGAUGAACAAACAAAUACCGGUGAACUGAUGAGCGUGCCAACUUCCAAGACCCAAAUAACCUCAACUCAGCAUGGACCAAAAUGGCAGACAGGGCUGAUAAUAGAAGCAAGAACUACAAGCUCUAAAGCAAGUGGAACACAAUAUGUGUCACCUGCCACAUCAGUAACAGUGAAAGAUUCACAUGCCAAUGUUUCUGAAACAGCCUGGAAUGGAAGGAACUCUAGUCACUCGUCUUCUUUUACAUGGGACUCUGGAAUUAACUCAACAUGGACUCAUGAGGACACUUCCAAAUCAACAUCCAACGUGCUUCCUACCACUGCCAAUGGGUUUCAUGGAAAUGCUACAACAGAAGAUGACUUAACUAUAGCGGCAAGAUCAGGACAAGGACAGAUCGCACAUGUUUCGCACACAGUUCAGUUGAAUACGUCCCUGCAGAUGAAGACCACAACACUAACUCCUCAUUCACUCAGUGAUAGGGGGCCUGGACAGCCUGGAAUGGACAGGAUAUUCAUUGUCGAUGAGCAGCUGCCAGUCUUUAAAGUGGAAGCAAUUAAUGUCACCUACAGAAUGCAGCUGAACUUGGCGCUCUCUGCUUUGUGCGAUCAGCCCGACACAUGCCAGACGCUUCUGCUUCAAGAGGUAACCUCUGUAUAUAAAGCAGUGCCUGGAUUUGACAGGAUUGAAGUACAAAAUAUCACGUCGGACAGGACACUGGAGUAUCGAGUGCAGCUGAGAGUGGAAACUGGCAGUGCAAUGUCCGACACACUGGAGCUGGCACUUAGCGACCCUACCUGGCUGUUUGGGGCAUCACACGGGUCGGAGGAUAGUCUUACCUCCAGAGUCCGUAGUGUCUCCAUGGCAGAGGAUCAUGCCGACCCCUGCAAGGACUGGCUCUCCUGCCCGCUGGGCUUCCAGUGCUUGUCUGGCCGAUCCCUCGGCUCUCGCUGCCAUUCUCCCUGCCACAGCGGCUUCUGCCAUAACCGAGGCAUCUGCGUCCACCGAAAGGAGCAAGAGCCGGAGUGCCAGUGCCCAGUUGGAAGAGACUUCUGGUACAUGGGGCAGACAUGUGAUUACCGGAUGACUCACCAGCGUCUGACGGCCAUUGCUUGCGCCAUUGUGCUCUGUAUCAUCAUUUGUGCCGCCACUGUGGUUUAUAUUCUUGUCCGGAGAUUCCAGACGCAGAUCCUGCAGCAGAAAUUGGCUCAGACACAGAGCAGUUACAGGCGCUUCAGCAGGUUCGACGAUGUCCCCACUCAUUUUUGGUGCCCGUCUCAAACAUGGCUGACGGCCUCAGGCUCCCUGAACUCGCUGGAUAAUCCGGCUUUCAGCAGUUCUGAAGAAGUGUUUCCCCUGCAGGCGCUGGGCAGCUGUGUGUGCGGGUGUCAGGAGGGGGCACAGAAAUGCCUGCGGACCACCCCAACGCAGCCACCAGCUAGUGAUCCUCCCAGGUUGGAGACCAGCGGGAGCAGCAUAAACGACCUAAUGAUCGACUCCGGGAAAGCAAGUGAUGUGUCGGUGUCCAGCUGGCCAAUGGAACCAAUUCACUGGACUCCUUUUCCCAUCCUGCACCAGCUCUCACUGCAGUCUCCAUUCCAUGCACACAGACCUCACUCGUACUUUGAAGGAAUGGAACUGGUGAACACAGAGAGAAGCUGGACUGCAUAGGUGUUUCCUACCACUGGAGGACCAACCGUCACCACCUUGAGUGGGCAGCAAAGUUGGGAGUAAGACUACAAGAUAAGCUGCCAUCCUCUUCCUUUCAUUCUGUACGGGAACUCGCAGCACCUUUACUGAAAGGACAUUUGAGCUGGUGGGAAUUGGAGAUUUUGCUUCCAAACAUCAUGAAGAGUCUACAAAGUAUGAAGAAGAUCUGGACUUGCCACAUGAAGGACAUCAUUUCUCUUCUGAUUGGAUACGAUCAAAUUACAAAUUUAAAGAAACUGCACAAUGUGAAUAAAAGUGGCACCAGGAACAAUCCGUGGGGGUCGGCACAGCUCCAUUAUAAAAGUUCUUCAAGUGGACACAAUAGAUUUUGCCGCCAGACUAAUAACAAAAGAGGUCGGCAACGGGGGCGUAAGAGCAACCAUACUUUAUUAAUUACAUAACAAGCUUCAUAAAACAAACAAAAAUAAGACAGGAAGCAUUCAAGCAUUUGAACAAUACAAUAAAAACUGCUGUAAAUAAAACACUCCAUGUUUCAAGUGUCUGGAGGGCAGCUAAUCAAUGAGAAACCUUAAUCUCCUCCGGUGAAGUGUCAACGAAGCUAGCUUUGGUUUUUUUUUUUUUUGUGUUUUUUUUAAUGUAUUUAAAUCAAGCCCUACAGAGAGACAUAAGUUGCAAUUUAUUGUAAGCUUCUCCGACGCGUUAGUCCGAACGCAACAAUUUGUAGAGCAAGGGUGAUGGCCCUCAGCGCCUUCCAGGCUGUUCGACUGCAACUCCCGGAGCUCUCUCUACUGGCUCUCGGAGGAUACGGGGGUCGUAGCUGAACAGACUGGGGGAGGGGGGCUUAGACAUCAGAAUACCGUGCAAAAACAUUCCAACAGCAACAGGGCAAUUAUUCACUACAGUACUGUUUGUAAUAAGUUACAGGUAAAAAUAAGUUUUAUUGAAAUACAGAAGGCUUGUCUUGAAAUGACUAUCGUACGAGGAUCACAGCGCGUUUAUUGGUAGGUCAGCUAGCCAAUAGGAACACCGGCGUGCCGUUAAGCACCACACAAGCAGGACAAAUGUGCUUUUUUUUUUAAAAAAAAAAAAAAAAACAAAACAAAAAAAAAGAAAGUUAUGCUAUUUAGUCACUGCUGGGUUGUUCUCGAACUGAGGUAUAAAGGCGGUACAUGAAGCUUAUACUCAAGUGUUAAAUAUCAAAUGCAAAGAUUCCGAGCGGCUGUGUCCUGUAUAAUAUUCAAGUUCCGAGCUUAGUGCAUGAUAGUACAGUUAGAUACAUGUUCUGGCAAAGGUGAUCCCAGAUAAAACUAAGGCUAUUCGUUUCAUGGUGAGGACAUUAUACAAUAUUACACUUCUCCUCUGAUUAUUCAUCACAAGUUACAACACUUAAUACAGUCCGAGCAUAUUCAACAUUU